AAUCAGCCUGUCCAGUGAUCCUAUUCCACACCUCUGGAGCAGGAAGGAAUUGAAGCUGGGCCUCCUGACUCAGAGUUGUGAAACGACUCAAAUCUGAUAAUGUCUGUGAAAUAUUUGACAUUGAUGACCUUCAUUUGUUGCCUGGGAAGAAUUCAAGGCGAUCUGGCUAAAUGCCGUUUCUUUGGGUCUACAACAGUACUUACUCGUGAAGGGGAGCAUGCACGUUUAAGGUGUAAAUUGUGCAAUGCAUCCACUCCACUUGCCUUGAGUGACCUUCAAACACACGGAUUUAACAUCUCCUGGUUCAGCAACGCAUCCAAAGUUGGUCAUGUGCAGUUUUCAGGAAAUAGAAGCAGAAUUACACUUGAAGGAACCUCAUUAGGAUUUUGGCCUACAUUUGUGAAUGACUCUGGAAAUUAUGUUUGUUCUGUCUCAAAUGGAACUUAUAACAUAAUGAGUGCUGUCACAACUUUGAACGUAAAAAAGAAUAAAGGACUGUGUCAUGAUGAUGUGUACCCUUUCAGUCAACAUAUUGGAAGAUCAAUUAUGUUGCCUUGUCCAAAACUAGAAGAUUAUAGUGACAAGAAAGAAAAUAUUAUAUGGCUGAAGGAUUGCACGGAAAAUGUUUACACUGGGGACAUGUAUACUAUUCAGAAAGUGCAAGAAGAAAGCACUGGACUCUACAUGUGCGUACUGCCUUUACAAAAUGAUGGAGUUCAGUAUAACGUUACGAGGACAUUGAACCUGACAGCUAAAGAAUAUGUCGAGCCAUUCGAACCAAAAUUAAUUUAUCCCAUUGAUGAACAAAUUGAGCUUGAACUUGGUGGGAAAAAAGAACUUGAAUGCAAAGCUGUUAUGGGCAAGGAAGCAGCUGACUUCUGCCUGCUAUAUUGGAAUUUUAAUCACAAUUACUUAAUUAGCAGUGGAGAUGAUGAAGUCUAUGAAGGUCAUAAUAGGAUUAUUACUGAAGAUAACAGAGCAUCUAUGAUUAGAACACUUGUAUUCGUGAGAAUUAAAAGAGAACAUUUGAAUAAAGCCUUUAAGUGUGUUUUAAUUUGUCAUGACACGCAACAAAUCGGUAACAUCAUUCUUCUAGAAAAAGGCAAGGGUGACACUGCUCCAGUAGUCCUACUGUUAAUCAUGGCAGUGGCUGUUUGCAUCAUUGUAACAGUUGUAUAUGUCAAGUUCAAGGUUUAUUUUGUCCUUUGCUUCAGAGACUUCAUUUCCAGAGAUGAAUCUUUAGAAGACAGUAAGGAAUAUGAUGCGUAUGUGCUGCUCCUUAAGAGUAAUGAUGCUCUUCUCAGUGCUAACGAGGAAACAUUUGCAUUGGAACUACUACCUGCAAUUCUAGAAGAAAAAUUUGGUUACCGACUAUGCAUUUUUGAACGCGACGUUCUUCCAGGAGGAGCUUCUGCAAAUGAUAUGUUGUCCUACAUCAACAAAUGUAGAAGAUUGAUUAUAAUACUUUGCGCUGAAUGUCUGGCAGAAAAUAGUUCUAUGUAUGAACUGAUGACAGGUCUUCAUCAAGCUUUAGUCAACAGAUUAAUAAAGCCAAUCCUUAUCGAAUACAAUCCAGUAAGAGACGUUACAUUUUUGCCACAGUCGCUUCAGCUUAUUUUGAGAUCAAACAGGAGAGUGAAGUGGAAGAGUACAUCUCUCUCACAAAAUUCAUACUUUUGGAAGAAGAUACGUUACCUUAUGCCAGCAAAACAUAUUUAAACAUCUCUAUAUUCCCAAAAUGGAGGAAUCAUUCUUUGACAGCAGAAUCUGAAACUGCAGUGACCUUGUAGUUUUAUAAGAUGGAAGAUCAUGCAGAUCUCCUAGUGUCUGUUACUGGAGAAAGAAUAUCAACACUGCUAAUAGCCAAAUUUAAGAUUUUGAACAAUACGCUGAAAUGAAGCUACAGGGGCAACUAACUAAUAUGAAAAUAAUCUCACAUGCAAGUGUAAAGAAAUAAGGAUUCAAGCCUAGAACAAGAAACUGUACUUGAACACAUCCUGUUGUUGAGGCAGAUUUCUCUACAAUUUACACUCUCAUGAUCUCUACUGAGUAACUUUGAUAUCUUAAGGAGAUGGACUGGUGUGAGUGAAAUCUUCAAUUUUCUGAACACCUGACAUGACUCACAGAAAUGUUUCAAAGCAUAUCAGUCAGACAUUGUCCAGUUACUGUUGAUUUUUGUGUGAACAUAACACCAUUUCGUCACCAGCAUAGUCCCACAAGCAGUUAAGUGGAUAAAUACCAGGUAGCCUACUUUUUGCAGUUGUUGUAGAAAAAAUGUAGGCUCUAACAUCAGAAAACCUUCCAGGUCUUCAUCAAAUAGAGCCAUGAGUUUUUAAUUUCUAACUGAACCAAUGGAUAAUUGGAUCUUCAGCUAAGCAUAAUCUUUAAUUUCAUUCUUAACUAUUUGCCAAGGACUUCAGAAAGAAUUACUUGAUUUGUUUCUGAUGUAAAUAAAAUUAUCCCAGUUUUUCAAGCAAAGAUAGGAAGUAUUAUUACUGAGCCUAUAAAAUGCUCUUGUGGCAUUUAAGUAUUAAUUGCGACAUUUUAAGGUACGUAAUAAAUUGACUCCAGUAUUUAACGGUGAUGUAAGUUUAAAUGAGGGAUUUGGUUGAAAAUGGGUGGUGUGAUUAUAAUGGAAGGUUUGAUUCAAUUAACAGGAGACACUGUUUGAACAUAUGGCUCUCUAUCCUUUCAACCAAAUCACCACUCAAAAUGUGAAUUGUUGAAGUGUCAACACUCAUCCCUCUGUGACACAAUUAGCUAAACUUGAACACCUUGCCAGUAUCAGACACACUGUCCUUUUGGGAAUAGGGCAGACUGGAUUGCUUUCCAGAGAGCCUGUGUCAACUCAAUGGACCUCUAAUGAAAGGGAGCUUAUAUUGACUGUCUCUAAUUGUGUAUAAAAUGACAUUAUUUAACAAUGAUUAAAAGAAUAUUGUGCUCCAGAAUUAAUUUGCAGAUUCAUUGGGGUGCUUCCUCUUUUGAGGAAAUGCCAAUAGUCAAGUCCAGAUCAUUUAUCUACAUUGAUCAAUCUUACAUGAUAUUGCACAGGGCAUCAAACCCAUUGGUAAAAUAUUCUGUUUUGGUGGGUUAUAUCAUGCUCUGCUGGUUAUACCUGUGCAAAAGCAUUGACUAAUAUGACAAGAGAUCAAAUGUAAAAAUGUAGGGAUUUAAUGCUGAGUCUUCAUAAUACCGGACAUAUUACCGGCAUGAUUUCCAUUCCCUUGACAAUUCAGCGCUACAAGGAAACUGUUUGAUAAAAGACUGCUCUGAGUUUCUGAAGAAACUAGGAUCAGAUCUUCUCCAGAUAUGUGGAGCUGUAUUGCAACACAGCAAAAUAGGAUCGGAUUGGCAAUCUGGCAAUGAUUGCCACUCUUUGGGAAAUUUGGACCUUUGUUCCCAACAGGCCUUGCUGGCUGCUAUAAUCAUUACUGGAAUUUACAGCACACUUCAGGGCAAACAAACUUCACUCACUGAAUCAGCAGUAUCUUAUAUUUUACAUUUUAACUUGUCCCUGAGUGCAAUGUGAACAUAAAAUGAGGGCAUCCAGGUGUUCAACACCACUGGUCCAAUCUACUUUUACUAGUCCAGAGACCAAUGUGUACUGAUUCACUGGGUUAUUUGGUUUCAGAGAUAAUCCAGGCCCUGACUAAAUCAAACUAACAGGGUGUUCCACUUUUCCA